AGCCUGACGCACCUGACCCAUCUCAGUAUCUCACCUCACUCCUCGCUCACGCACCACACCACAAAGGCGGCGGCGACGGCGAUUCCGCAUCGGCCGGCGGCGCGGGUGAUCGCGAAGGAGGCAACCAGGACACCGACGGCAAGCCGACGACCAGGGCGGGCAGCAGCUCUCCCUUGGUGAUUUCCCCCUCUGCUGUGUCAUAUACGCUUCUGCCCAUGUCGGCCUUGGUUGUCCGGUCUGGGAAAAGGAAAAGUAGGACUGAAUGCAUAAGUUAUGGACUGAUGGACGAGACAGAUAGGGUGAGAAGACAGUAUUUUGAGGACAAAAUAUGGAAGGAUGAUGCAACUUGUUUGAACAUGCUUAGGCUUGGAAGAGGACCUUUCUUCCGGUUCUGUCGACUUUUAAGGGACCGCAGGUUGCUCCAAGACACGAUUCAUAUGUCUGUUGAGCAGCAAGUUGGCACGUUCUUGCACACCGUUGGACACAACAUUAGGGAUACGCCAGCUGGUGACAACUUUCGUAUAACCGGUGAAGUUGUUAGUCGUUAUUUCAAAAAAGUCAUCCGUGCCAUUGGAGAGCUGCGCCAUGACCUUAUUAGGGAACCCUUGUUAGCGACCCCAACCAAAAUAGAAGGGAAUCACCAGUGGGAUCCAUACUUUAAGGAUUGUGUUGGAGUUAUUGAUGGUACACAUGUACGAGCCUCUGUUACAGAGGACAUGGAGCCUCGCUGUCGUGGUAGAAAGACCCAUGCCACUCAAAAUGUGAUGGCGGCUGUUGAUUUUGAUCUUCGGUUCACAUUUGUGUUGGCUGGUUGGGAGGGGUCAGCACAUGAUACUCAAGUUUUACGUGAUGCCUUAGAACGUGAAAAUGGUCUACGUGUUCCACAAGGAAAAUUCUAUCUCGUUGGUGCUGGACAUGGAGCCAAACCAGGGUUCUUGCCUCCUUUUCGUGGUGUGAGGUGCCAUUUAAAUGAGUGGGGGCACAAUCUUGUUCAAGAUGAGAAGGAAUUGUUUAACCACAGACAUUUUUCUCUUCGUACGACUGUAAAGCGUGCAUCUGGGUCACUCAAGGGGAGAUUCAAAAUCCUUGAUGAGGCCAAGCCAUUUUUCUCCUAUCCUACUCAAGUAGAUAUUGUUAUAGCUUGUUGCACUGUUCACAACUGGGUUAUAAAUGAUGGGAUAGAUAAAUUUAUCAUACCUGAGACUGAAUGUGUUGCCAAUAUUAACCAUGCUCCAAUGACAAAUGCCCAACCAAAUGGACUUGCAAACAUGGUUAGUUUUCGGCAGGGAAUCGCCAAUCAAAUGUGGGAAGACCGACAAAACUACUUGCAGCACAGUAGUAUGUAAUAGCUUCAUUUGAACCAUUGUAAUAUCGUAAUGUUGUAAUUUGAACCCUUGUACUUCCUGGAAUUUGUUUGUAAUGUCACAUUAUGUGCUGAAAUGAACACCAGUCCAAUCCCAAGGCACAUGGCACCUACCUCUGCUGUUUUCUACUCACUAUGUAUUUUUCUGUCACACAAUCUGCUGUGGCAAUGCCAUUUGCACCGGCACACGACAAUCCAGGACUCCAGGUCUACUUGUACUGGAUUGUUCUAUUCUUUUCAUGGUAGUGAACCCUAGCUGCAUUGGCUUAGUCACUUGGAGUGUGUCUUGUUCUAGUAGAUUUUUGGAGAUAUAUGUUUCUACCAGGAGCAAGCAAAAUCAACAAAUCACUCUUUCUCUCGGUUCAGUUAGUCACUUGAUUGUCUGCUGUGCAGUGUGCCGCUCAUAUAACCCAUGGCCCGUUUGUCUGUGGUUCAUUCAAGUGGGUUUUCUUCUUCAGCGCACUAGAUCAAUUUGAGGCAGAGUGGGGAAUUAGGAAUUUAUUAUUGGACUCUUUGAUAACGUUAGGCUGUGCAAUACUGGACACUUCAAAAUGACUUCAUUUCAGUUCAUCUGAGCACCUUUGCAACAGUGGCAUUUGACAAGUUACAUGUUCAUUUUAUUAAAAAAAGGUUCCGUGUUGAACGACUUGAUUGAACUUAACCUGCUUUCUUUGAUAAUAGGUCCGCCAACAUGUCUGAGUUGCGUUGUCUGUACCUUAGCAAAUUAGAGUUCAUCACUUACAACAUGAGUGGAAGGGGUUAUUACGUCUUGUUGUUUACUUUUGAGGUUUUAUACAUUGCAGCAAUCUAUGACACGUUUUUUUAACUUCUCUGUUUCCACAGCCCAUCUUCAGUUUCCAUUGUAAUGUCGUCAUCAAUUUCAGCAAGACAGCCUCAACAAAUUUCUAUAAUGCCGUAAUAAUGCACAUACAAGGUACGGUUUUGGUAAAAUGUCAUGCUUGGGGAUGAAGAGUGGUCAUGGAUCCAACACCGUUAUAUCUUCACCACCUCGUCAUGAAGAUGCUAUCCAGCCUGUAGUCAAAAUGUGCGGCAACACAUCAGCUAAAGAGGCAGAAAUAAUGGUGUAGGCAGGAGCUAAACUUAUUGGCAUGAUUCUUUGGCCUAACUCCAAGCACUCUGUCACAUUAUCAGAAGCAAAAGAAAUAUCUAGGGUAGCACAAUCUUAUAGGGCUGAAUCAGUUGGUGUCUUUGUGGAUGAUGAUGAAGAGACCAUAUUAAGAGUUUCUGAUUCAUGUGACCUUAUUAAUCUAGUCCAGCUCCAUGAAGAUAAAUCCCAUCCAUUGCUUCAUGCCCUUUCAUUGUCGAUGAUGAUGGUAAACUUAUGAAUGCUCCUCCUCAUGAAUAUGUGUUUGAUUGGUUCUUAGUGGACACUGCUAAGGGGGGAAGCGGCAAGGGAUUCAACUGGCAGAAAUUCCACAUGCCGUUUGUUAGAAGCAAGAAUGGCUGGCUAUUGGCCGGAGGCCUUCAGGCAGAUAAUGUUUGUGAAGCAGUUUCUGUUCUGAAGCCAAAUGGAGUCGAUGUGAGCAGUGGCUUAUGUGGUGCUGAUGGAAUUAAAAAAGACCCUGAUAGGAUCUCGUCUUUUAUGAGCAAGUAAGAUCCCUGAGCAGAUCGUAAAUAUAUCUGGGUGUGAGGAGCAUAGUUUUGUUUUCUCUACCCACCAUGUGGAGAGCUAAGCAAAUUCCAUUCGAAGCAAGUGGUUGGACAUGAUAUACUCAUGAACACGUUUAUGGUUAAAGCUUAACGGUCACUAAAUUUCCGAUGAUUGA